AAUUUGGAACCAUUCGCGCUUGGGCAUAUUUGGCAAAUGGCCUUGGCCCUGGCCUUGACUUUCAAGCGCGACUUGAACGCACACGUCUUGAGAUUCAGAAAGAAACCUGAAGGCAAUGACGGUCGGCGAAGAAACCGUUAAUCCCAGUGAAGGACGACGAGCCCUCCUGCCAAAAAAGAAGGUCGCAGCCUCAAGAUGCGUCGACUGGGGCGUACAGAAUCUUAUCGCCGUUGUCUCGCCCGAACAGAGCGGAAGACUAGCGAGAAGGCGACGACGAGGGCAAGGUGAAAUUGCUGAGAGACCACAAACGAUAUCCCUCAUGCGCAAUCUUGGAAAUGGAAGGCGAAAAAUCGUCUGUCAGAUUCAUGCGCACCCGCAUCUGGGCAGUAAAGUCUCGACUGUCAAAUGGGAUCCUUCUGGACAGCUGCUCGCAAGCAUUGAUGAGAGUGGCCGGGUGGUCGUUUGGAGAAUGCAGGACUGCAUCAACCGAUGGGCUGUCUCUCACACCUGGGAUUGCGGAGAACCUGUUGUAGCCCUGACAUGGCUCAAACAGCAUCGGCACUGGGUUGUUUCAACCAGUGACUCGAAGAAAGCGAUUCCCGCCGAAAACCACCCCGUUGCAGAUGGUUCCGUCACAGAAGGUGGGCCAACUGCUAAAAGCGAGAAAGCACCCUUUCAACGUACGAGAUUUCGUGGACCUCGUGCGCCAACAACGGGCUGUGGACUAGCACUUCUCACCAUCGGGGGAAAGCUGAUUGUGCAUCACCGAGAUCUUUCGGAGACGCCCUACCACCUCGAGACCGAACUCGGGAGACUAGCGAACCCUGAGGUCCCCGAGUCUGAUGCUAUGGACGUGGCAGCGCCUCGUAUGAAUUUGCACGAUGCCGACUUCGCGUUACUUGAAGAUGAUAUUUUGGCAAUCGUGGUGCAUAGACCUUCUUCACCAACUCAACCGGUGGAGAUAUACCACCUCAAGGUGGAAUUUUGGAGUAAAGAAAUCAGUGUGACCUCAAGAUCUUCUGCAUCAGUCCCCAUUGGAUCGCAGGAAUCAUCAUCAACCGACGGCACACAAUCAAUUUUGGACACGGUUCCCUCCGUCACGCAUUUGAGAUGGGUGGAUUCGAGUAGAAUCAUGGUGGCUACCCGCGAGGAGCCUUUUGACAGAACAGCAUCAACGCAAACGGGUCGAAGUAAAUUAUGCAUAUUAAAACGACAGGAGGGGAAACCUGAGGGCGAAAGAAGGGACGAGUGGGUAAUUGGUGCAAAUCAGCUGUGUAGAGCAGAAUCUGCGGUCACUGCAUUGGAAGUAUGCACACCGCCCGAAAAUGGUGGAAACGGCCGAAAUGCGAUUGUUCUUGUGGGCUAUGGAGAUGGGCAUGUCGAGAUCCGUGAUCCGGCCACUCUGGCAACGGUCGAUCUCUGGCAACAUAUGCGAAAACCGUACGAAACAGAUUCGAACUCGAGUGGUAGUGGGGCGGUUCGUACGGAGACGGCUCCGGAUGCGUCAGAAGCGGCGAGUGAGAGCAAAGAAGGCGGGGGUACGAAGAAUACGGUGACCUCAGCGGACGGUGGGGCGGAUCACAACGGUAACACCCAAACGGCGAACAGUGCAGCUAUGGAGACCGAUACCCCACAAGCAUCGAUAACAGAACCAGGAACAUCCAUCUUGACGAGCCGGAAACGCGACGCAAUCGUCUCAUUCGCUGUGUCACCAAACGCAGUGGAGCUGCUCGCCGCUAGCCGCGACGGCGGCGGUCAGAUACUUUUGGAUGGUGUCGGCCUGGAACGCAGUCUUGGCAAGGGUAACAGUCCUGUAGCCCAAAACGUGCCUCAGAAGGACCUACUUACGCUCGAAAUGGUGCUGGCUACCAAGUUGUCACUCGCAAUGAUGAGUGGCAGGGAAUACACGGAUGUGAUAUCAUUGUUGGGCCUCGACACUCGUCUGGCGAAUAAAGUGAUCCUGCGGGUCAUUUCACAGCAAGAUACAGCUGCGAGUCAGCGUUCAAUAACCGGAGCAGGGGCCAAGUCUCCGCUAGCUACGGGCGAUGCAUCACUUGUGGCCGCGCGACUCUUGCACGUAACAAAGUACUGGUGGGAGCACUCCUUACUUGGCCUUCAGUUAGCCGUCCAUCGAGGGGUGCCAGGAAGUGCGGGUCGUCAGUUGUACUUCAACACCGAGUCAGCGAUUCAGAUUCUUGAGGUCUUGCAGCAGUGUUACGCGUCAUUUGAGUUCCCGCACCUGUCGCGAGGGCAUAUCGAGAAAGCAGUCGAGUCGGGAAUCAUGACACCGGACAUCACCAAGGUUCUCAUGCGGAAAGGUAUCCAAUCGGUUUUGCACUACGCCCCUCUACCCAACGCAAUAUUAGGCAACGUAUGCAUGUCAGCUCACAAACAUUCCUUUUCUACGCGUAGACUGUCUUCAUCAUCUGGUAGCGAUUCAAUUCUGGUUCGUGAGAUAUUGCAGUUUGCUAUUACGACAUUUGUUCUGCAUCUUCAACAUGGAGCGGAACAUGGGAGGCGAUGCAGGGAGCUAUAAUGAAGCAUCAAAGCUGCGAUCACUCCUCACUCUCCCUACAAUCCUGCCCCUCCUCUUAAACACCACUAUCCGCGAAGCCCUCCUCGCCAUCUGCGUCACCCUCAACGUCUCCGCCCAAAGUAUCAAAUUCUGCAUGACCAGGGUGGAUAGGUAUACAAUCAACAAGGGAUCCGCCUCCGCUGUCAAGCAGCUCAACCCCCUCUACAGCCCGGCGUUGUACUCGUACUACAGUGGGUUGUUC